GAGGGGAGACGAUAGAAGUUGGACAAGAAGGAUUCCCAGGCUCUAACUUUUCCCCUUCCCCCGUUAAAAGGACUUGGGGGAAAGUGUUGAAGAGCAAAAAGUGGAUUGCACAAAAAAUAAAAAAUAAAAAAUAGAAAGAAAGAAAAACUGUUUCAAAUUCCGGACGCAUCGGCUUUUCUUUGGAUUAAUGUUGUCCUUAUUGAGUGGAUUUAUCGAUUGCUUGUAGGAGUUGAAAGAGGGAGCCAUGAGGAUCAUCUUGUGCUCCGUUGUGCUGCUGACCAUCUGGACAGGUCAUGGCGUUCGACUGGAGACUGCUAAAGGUGAGCAGUGUCCAACUCUACAGGUUGAAGACUGGAAGUUUCCGCAAACAGCCAGACACAACAUUACAGGUUUCAAUCUGGUGCGGCGCUUUUCCCUGAUGAAGAACAGUGAUGUGAAGAAGAUACGUAACCCGCGAGGGCCUAUCAUCCUACGCCUAGGAAAAGUUCGCCUCAUCCAGCCCACUGAUCAAGUAUUUCCACAUGGACUGCCUGAGGAGUUCACACUGGUCUUCACCCUGCUGUUGAAAGCCAAGGCUCUGAGGGAUAACAUCUACCUUUUUCAGAUCUCUGAUGAGCAAGGGUACCCAAAGCUCUCGCUGGACCUGAGCGGGCCGGAAGGCACGCUGGCACUGCGGACAUCCUUUGCGGAUGAGGAUGCCUCUACAACAGGGUGUGUGUUCGAUGGAGAAGGUGUAGAGUCUCUGAUGGAUCUGCGCUGGCACAAAGUAGCUCUGAGUGUGCAGAGGAGCGCGGCAUCACUUCACGUGGACUGCAGCUCUAUUGAGACGAAGCCACUGGAGUCUCGGGGCCAUGUCCCAAUAACCGGACACACGCUGAUGUUUAUGAGGGCCACCAAUGCCGCGCCUGUGGAGAUGGACAUUCAGCAGGCGGUGGUGUACUGUGACCCGACUUUGGCCAUCCAGGAAGCUUGCUGUGAAAUUCCAGGAGCUCGGUGCCCCCCAGAUGCCCCUAAGAGUCGUCGAGCAGCCGAGAACCUUGUGGAAAUUCUACCCAACCCUUUCAGCCAGCCAAUCCAUGGAUCAAAAGACUUGGCGGAAAAAUGUGCAGGCUGUGUGUUGAUCACUGAGGAUCAAAAUCUUGUCCAGGAAGGGGAAGCGGGUCAGCGUGGCCUGAAAGGAGAAAAAGGAGCGCGGGGUCUGGACUGCACCGGAGCUGGAGUUCCCGGUCGAUGUCCAGAAGGAGUGAAGGGGGAAAAAGGGGAGAGAGGAGAGCCGGGUCUGUCUGGAAACUGGGAGGCGGCAUUAGGAAUUAAGGGAGAUAAAGGAGAGAAGGGUGAGGUCGGAUCCCCGGGUCUCACUGGAAGUCCAGGGAAAGAUGGUCGCAGUGGAUCUAUUUGUGUUGUGGGUCCUAAAGGGCAGAAGGGAAACACAGGUCCUGUUGGUCCAGAGGGGCUUGCAGGAGAACCAGGCCUACCAGGACCUCCUGGACCUCCUGGAUUUGGCACACCAGGAAAUCCUGGGAGCCCAGGAAUACCUGGAUCAAAGGGAGAGAAUGGGGAUGCUGGGAUACCUGGGAAGGAUGGGAUGACGGGUGAUCCUGGUCCAAGAGGUCCAGGUGGCCCCAAAGGUGAAAAGGGUGACCCAUGUGAAGUUUGUCCAGUGCUUCCAAAGGAUUUGGGUGAAACCACAAUCAUUCAGGGGAAGCCUGGUCCCAAAGGAGAACCAGGAGCACCAGGCAAUGGAGUCCAGGGUUUGCCUGGCUCUCCAGGGAAAGAUGGAAAAGCAGGAGAAAAGGGAGAGCGAGGCAUAGAAGGGGCCAAAGGGGAGAAGGGCGAGUCGUGUGCUAUGUGCCCCACGAAUGGUGGUAUUUUCAGCACUCAGAAUCUUCAGAUGAAGGGGGGAGAAGGGGAGCCAGGAAUUGGACAGAAGGGAGAACAGGGAGUACCAGGUCAAAUUGGCCUGCCUGGACUCAAAGGAGGAAAGGGCGAGGCAGGAGACAAAGGCAGUGAUGGGAAAACUGGCAAGCCUGGUCCAAGAGGUCUAGGUGGCAAGGAUGGACAUAAAGGAGAAAAGGGAGAUGCUGGCCAGCUUGGAUUACCAGGGAUCAAAGGUGAAAAGGGAGACUCAUGUGGUGUGUGUUCAAAUUCCUCGGAUGAAGGGAAAAGAGACAAGACAACAUUUAAGGCACCUCAAAAGCUUCAAGGACUGAAAGGAGAUAAAGGUGAUCAGGGUUUACAGGGAGAGCCAGGACUGGUUGGAUCACCAGGAUCCCCGGGAUUGGCAGGGGAACCCGGGAAAGACGGACUCAAAGGACAGAAGGGUGAUGCCUGUGACAGCUGUCCAACACUUCCUGUGGAUUUGGAUGAUGUUGUGGGCUUACCUGGACCCAAGGGAGAGAAAGGAGAGGCAGGUGAACCUGGCAUGGGGAAAGCCGGGAAGAAAGGUGAACAAGGGCCAAGAGGUAUUCCUGGACCUGCUGGUCCAGUAGGACCUCAAGGAUUUCCUGGGAGUAUAGGACCAGUUGGACAAAAGGGUCCGAAAGGGGAAACGGGGCCUGCAGGUCCUCAGGGGCCGAUUGGCGUCAGUAUAACAGGACCCCCGGGUAGAGAUGGUUUAAACGGCCCUCAAGGAAUCCCAGGAGCAGAUGGGAGACCAGGAGCCAUUGGACCUAAGGGUGACAAGGGAGAACCAGGAGAGUGCAACUGUGCGUCUUAUACGAUUCAACAAACUGGAAGACCUGGUGUCCCUGGUGGUGGUGGCCCGGUCCCAUUCCAGCCUGGUCCUCAGGGGCCUCCAGGACCUCCAGGCCCCCCAGGACCUCCAGGGCCCCAAGGAUUUACAGGGUUCCCAGGCCCACAGGGUCUCCCUGGCAAUGAUGGCUUACCAGGGAAACCGGGUCCGCCCGGCCAAGCAAUUCCAGUAGAUACUUCCAAUAACAAAAAGACGGACUGUGGCGACUGUACCAAAGGCCUGCCAGGCGUGCCUGGUGUACCUGACACUAAGCCUGAGAAGAGAGACAUUGGCAAGCCUGGUGUUAUUUCUUUAGAUGGAUGUGAGAAGUGUCUUGAGAGGCUGCAAGAAGAGGAACCACAGAGGCCUAAUACCAACCACGGCCCUUGCCCAGGUGUGCCAGGGUCACCGGGCAUCCCAGGUCAACCUGGGAUUAAAGGAGAUCCGGGGGACAGGGGUGAAAGGGGUCCCGCUGGUCUUCCUGGAACCCCAGGUAAUAUUGGUUUCCCUGGUCCUCAAGGCCCCCCUGGACUCCCCGGUCAGCAAGGUGAGAGAGGACAGCAUGGACCUCCUGGACUGAAAGGAGAACAGGGUCCACCUGGAAAUCCUGGAUACCCAGGAACCAUGGGACAACCUGGACUUCCAGGACUUAAAGGAGAACGAGGAAGCCCUGGCACUGCAGGGCAGAAAGGAGAAUCAGGCCCACCAGGAUUUCCAGGUCAUCAGGGACCACAAGGCCCUGCUGGUCCCAAAGGAGAAGUGGGAACGUCAGGACCUAUGGGACCAAAGGGAGAUCAGGGUUUCCCAGGACCACCAGGAUUCCCAGGACAACAGGGAACUCCCGGAAUCCAAGGAAAAAUCGGUCCUGGCGGACCACCAGGACCAAAGGCAGAUCCGGGAAGUCCAGGACUUCAGGGUCCACAAGGACCUACAGGCCCUCCGGGAUCUCCUGGAGGCCCAGGAUUGCAGGGUGCACCUGGAAUGGAUGGGCUUGAUGGAAAAGAUGGAAAACCAGGGUUGAGGGGUGAUCCGGGUAUACCUGGCCCUGUCGGCCCCAGGGGAAUCCCGGGAUUCAAGGGCAUAAAAGGACACACAGGCCUUCCAGGACUAAAGGGAGAUGUUGGACCUCAAGGCCCAUCUGGAGCAGCAGGAAGACCAGGACUUGAGGGUGACCCUGGUCCACCGGGACCACAAGGACCACCUGGUGCUCCAGGACAUCUGGGUUCUGCAGGUCCCCCAGGUCCACCAGGACCAGCUGGAGCUCCCGGCACGGGUAUUCAAGGUGACAAAGGGGAGGCUGGCGAGAGAGGGCUGCCAGGAAUGCCUGGGCCUCCAGGGAUGCCCGGGCAUCCAGGACAGAUGGGAGAACCAGGCAGUGAUGGUGCCGCAGGGAAAGAUGGAGCGUCGGGUCUGCCAGGAGAAACUGGUCCACAAGGAGAGAAGGGUGAGGCAGGGGCUCAAGGCCUGAGGGGUCCUCCAGGAGAACGUGGUCGUCCUGGACCCCCAGGAGGAGCAGGAUAUCACUCUAAGGACUCUGGAAUAGGAGUAAUGGGACCUGCAGGCCCCCGUGGAGAGAAAGGAAGCCCGGGAACACCUGGACAGUCCGGAUCUCCUGGAGCACCAGGAAUGCCAGGAAACGAUGCUGUUGUCAACUAUGAUGAGGUCAAGUCUUUCAUCAGACAGCAGGUUAUCAAGAUCUUUGAUGAGCGAAUGGCCUAUUACAUGUCGCGCAUGCAGAUGCCAGUGGAAAUGGUAGCACCCCCAGGCAGACCUGGACCCCCAGGCAAAGACGGCACUCCAGGAAGAGCAGGAUCUCCAGGGCUUCCAGGCCGUCCAGGACAGAUCGGCCGAGAGGGUAGACAAGGACCUAUGGGCCCUCAUGGUCCUCCAGGUGUCAAGGGAGAGAAAGGAGAUAAAGGUGUGGGAGAGAUGGGAGACAGCGGACCCCCUGGUGCUCCCGGUGUUCCAGGACCCCCUGGUUAUGGUAAAAUGGGACCACCAGGCCCGACAGGUCAACAGGGCAUUCCUGGAAUUCCUGGACCACAAGGACCCCCUGGAUCAAAGGGCAAUGAUGGCCGUUGCCAUCCAUCUGACUGCAUGAGUGCACCUGUGGAUUACAGCCCCAAGGGCCCACAAAUGAAAGGGCCCAUGUACUAGAGAGAGUAUGCGAGAGUGAGGGGAAAAGGGGGGGUAAGAAAAUGGGGGAAAAAAGGACAAGAGCCAAAGAUCAACAAUACCAAAUCUGUUUGCUAAAUGCCUUUGGUGGGGAACCAGUGGAGCUAAAGGGCAUUUCUGUCAAAAUAAACAUGGCUGGGCCAGAUUGGCCUAUAAGCUAUUUUUAAAGAGUACCCCAUGCCAAAAUUUUCUCUGCAACUACAAGUGCUAAUGCUAGUGAAGCCUCUCUCUCUGAUUUCAACUUUCUCUUUACUGAUGCUUGACUGAAAACUCCUGGAUUAAGGAGACUGAGCACACACAGCUUUCCCUUCUGGACUAUCACUACCUUGAACAUAUGAUCAUUGCUUCACUGGUCAUGAUGGUGUUGUCUCUUUAAUUUCAGCCAUUAAGCUGGUUUCACACUGUUCCCAGAAAAUUCACAGCUGUGAUUUGAAACACAUUAUCUUUGGUGCGAUGCGCACAAGAUCAUCUAAAGUUCAAAUGGUUUCAACUUUUGCGUGACACUUUGCUGUGCAUGGCCAUUAGCAGGGCAGGAGGCAUGGUAUUUUGCUCAGGGAAAGAUGGGAGAAGUAAUAAAAUGUCGUCUUCUUUCUCUACAGAGAGCUGCGUCCACUUUUGUGCCCAACCUGGCGCAACACUAUCCAUUUGUCACAACCGCAUCCACCAACACACAUCACAGUGUGAAGCCAGCUUGAUUCUUUGCCAAUGUUUACUGUUUGCAUGAUCUUUUUUAGUACGGAAAUGCUUUCGCAAAUUAGUUUUCCAGGUUUUUGUUGGGUUUUCAUGGCAGCUGCUGAAAUUUGCGCAAUUUUAUUAUUACCAUAAUGUCCCAUAACUGACUUGAUCUCAAAGAAAUGAUCUCACAUUUGAUUCAGGCCAGAUAUUGUAGCCUAUUUGAAAUUUCUAAAUUCUCCAUUCUUCUAGCAUUAUGAUGUAGCUUGAUGUAAAGGUACAAAUGAGAUAUAAUUAUUCCUGUUUCCUUUGAGGCCUUGUGUUGUACAUAUUUGUAUUUAUAUGUAAUGGCUUUUUUUUUAUGAUACAUUUUUAAUAGAUUGGCAUCAGCAUUUCAGUCCUUAUUUUUGCAUUAUCAUCUCAGAUAAUGUGGUAUUUGCAAUAGCACUGCAAAAGUAGAUUUUUGUAAAUUGGUUGAAUUUAUAUAAAUUGAAGUUAAUAAUAACUUGGAUUUCAUGUUUCCUAAACCAUGAUAUUUAUUUGAGUUUGAUGUCGGGUGUCUCUCUGCGACCUUGUACAUCGACAUUCCAGAGCUCCUCCACUUUUUAUAUCUUUUAAACUUGAAUUUAUAUAUUUUAAUAUAGUCAACCACUUUCAGGUUAAAAAAAAAAAAAUUGCUCCUUCUGGAUAGAGAUUCAUUCGCUUUUGACAUGCGCUCAUCAUCUAGAAUUUUCUCAGCUCCUCGUCUAACGUGCGAAAGCCGUGUGCUUCACAGUCAUCUAUGGUUUAGAGUUUUCAUCCCAUAAUCUAAAAGCUUUUCUGAUCCCAUGCCACUCAGCACAUUGCUGUGUCAGCCAGGCUCCAACGAGAUACAUUUACCAUCAGCACUUCAUCCUCUCUGUCAGACCUUCACAAAGUGUGUGUGUGUGUGUGUGUGUGUGUUUCUGUAUCUAUACUUGUGUAUGUACCUAUCAGAUGACCAGAUUUCUUCAUAUAUGUAGUUAAAUUACUAAAGUAGCCACUAAUCAGGUUUGUUUCUCCCUUCAACUAUGUAAAGUAAAGUGAUGUGUAUUAUUUUUCAAGAUCAAUGCAAGGUCAUUACAAGUACAGCGUGUGUGUGAAUGUGUGUGGUUUGAUGGGUUGUCAGAUUUUCUCAUAUCUGGGAGUACUUAAAGAUGCACUAUGUAAGAAUAAAAGUUAAUAGAUAUGCAUCCAUGUUUUAUAGCAAAAAUACAAAUACAUUCCACUUUUUGUUUGUGAAUGGUCAGUGCUCAUGUAAUAUUUUUAUAAAUCCUAUCACUAUUAGAAACUGACUUUGGGAAAUCCAAAUGAAAUAUACUAAUAGUAUAGUGUAUACUAUAAAAUUCCUGCAUGGUGCAUCUAUAAAUCCAUCUGUUGUGUCAUUAAUGUCACCGUCAACGUUGUACUUCACGUUCAUAUGAUGAAUUUCAGUGAAAUUCAAGAGUUUACAUUAUUAUUUACAUGAUUAUGGCAACCAAAGCCUUGUCCACAGUAAAUGGCUGUUUGUCCUUUCAUUUUUAAAUGCUUUAUAAUAGCCUACAAAGAAGCAAUUUAAAAAGAAAUGCCACCAUUACAUAUAGAUCCAUUUGUGUCAUUCAUGUGUUAGCUGUUUUUGUGCAUUUUUUUUUUUAUAGAAAACCAAGAAAAGCAAUAAAGUUCUUUUUUUUAAAGCA